GAGCCCCGAGAUUUCUCUAGGGUUGUUUACUGCCGUUAUACCCUCGGAACCAUGUCUACCCACUAUCUGGACAGCCCUCCUCGCUAUAGUACUGUGUACGAAGAAUCCCAUCCUUCCUAUCAGCCACAACCACCACCACCGUCUCCGUAUUAUCACCCGUACAGCUCACCUUCCACACCAGAUGAAGAACAUAUUUCUGACAGCCAACUACGUGACGAGGAGCACUUUGUCGAGUCGACUCUGCAAUGGAUCCCACCCCGACCGUCCUAUCAUUUGCUGCGCGUUGCGCGCCUCCAGAAAGCUGUUCUGAUCCCGCGGAUCGCCCCCAACAGCCCCCUGAAACCCCCCUUUCCAUUUCUCCGCGCCUAUAGUCCUGUCUUGCGUGCCCAUGAUAUUCAAAUCGUUAACUUCAUGGAAUUCAUCGACAACCUGUCUGUGGCUCAGGCGGGCUCGCCGGUCUUUUCAGCCGUGAAUGCGGCCGGGAUGGCGGCUGGGUUUAUUCCCUCGCACUGGGCAGCCAUUGCUGGAACAGGAAUGCAGGUUGCUGCGGGGGUGGGAACGGCUGUCGUAUCCAGGAUCCGCACAAAGAAAUACCUGGACAUGGCGAACGAGAGAUAUUUCGGUCCACGCGGGCUGCGCGCUUCAAUUAAGAAUAAUGAAGAAGUCGCUGCGGUUGUUGGAUUCCCCAAAAAUGCGACGCCUCUCGCACCCGUAAAUAAUUACACCGGCUGCAUCACGCUGUGUGAUCGGAGGAUGGCUGCGCUUGCGCCAUAUGUAUCUCUCCUUACUACAGACGUACCGCCUUCGAAGAUGCAGACUGGAAUGCUGGACAAGAUCGCUGCAAAACAGCUUGAGAAGACAACACAGAAGACAGAGUCGAAGGAGCUCCGAAAGCACCAACGGACCCAGCACAGACAGGAAAAGCGUGAAGCGCGUGCGAUGGGGAAACAGGAAAGGCGUGACAGGCGGCUCGACAAGGGCUAUGACGACGCUGGUUCAUACGAGCGUGACCGCCACUACCAGAAUUAUACGACACACCAAUACGCGGAUCGAUCGAUUGAUUCUGACGGUAGUAUAGAAGCAAAGAUGGACAAGGCACAGAGAUCAGGACAACGGCAACAGAUGAAGGACGAGAAGAAGUUGAAGGGAAUGGAUUUCAUUGUCAUUGAGAGUUUGAUUUAGACAAGACUAGACUAGACGCUACUGAAAAGCUAGUUCAUGUGGGAACAUGAUUCCGACUAUUUGACUUCAUACAUACAGAUAUACUCUCUAAUCGUGAAAUAUAUAAAGUGCAUGGAUGUUCUGCAACAUGUAUAGCUCUGGGCUAUUUUAACAAACCC